GAGAGAGAGUGGGAAGGAGGCGCGCGUGGAGAGAGUGGAAAGGCGGCGCCCUUUCCCCGCAGAUGGCUCCCGGGCAGGCCGAGGCGUGACUCCGGGAUGGAGAAGUCCAAGAACUUCCGCAUCGACGCCCUCCUGGCCGUGGAUCCCCCCAAGGCGGCGCCCCAGACCUCGCCGCUGGCCUUGGUGACCUCGCUGGGGGGCCCCUGCGGGUCCAGCCCGGGCUCCAGCCCCAGCCCCGCCGGGUCGCGCCCCGACAGCCCCUCCCCGCCGCCCCCGCCCCCCAGGGCCCUGCACUGCGGGUUGGUGCCCAAGCCGGGGUUCCUGGGCGGAGGGGCGGGGGGAGGGGGCGGCGGCGGCGGGGGGCACCCGCUGUCCCACGCCGGCCUGGGCCCCGGCCUGCCCCCGCCUCCGCCGCCCCAGGCCGCCCUCUACGGCCCGCCGCCCAUGUACGCCUACCCGGCGGCGGCGGCGGCGGCCCUGGCCUCGCAGCACCCGGGCCUCUCCUACGCCUACGCGCCCCCCGCCCACGCCCACGCCCUCCCCGCCGCCGCCGGGGGCGCCCCCGAAGCCCUCAAGCUCGGCCCCGCAGGCACCUUCCAGCUCGACCAGUGGCUCCGCGCCUCCACCGCCGGCAUGAUCCUCCCCAAGAUGCCCGACUUCAGCUCCCAAGCGCAGUCCAACCUCCUGGGCAAAUGCAGGAGGCCCCGCACGGCCUUCACCAGCCAGCAGCUGCUGGAGUUGGAGCAUCAGUUCAAACUGAACAAAUACCUCUCCCGGCCCAAGCGCUUCGAGGUGGCCACCUCCCUCAUGCUUACUGAAACUCAGGUGAAGAUCUGGUUCCAGAACCGGCGCAUGAAGUGGAAGCGGAGCAAGAAGGCCAAGGAGCAGGCAGCCCAGGAAGCGGAAAAGCAGAAGGGAGGAAGUGCCGGCGAAGACAAAGGAGGGGAGGAAGUGCAGCCAUUGAAUGUGACUCCUGAGAAAAGCAACGGUGGGCGGUGUUUGCGAGAGCUCAGGGACAGUGACCCAGAAGAAGAGGAGGAGGAGGACGAUGAUGAUGAUGAGGAAGAGGAAGACCAGCCUGGACACUGCUGCCCUUAUGGCUCUCCUGACUGUUCUGAUGGGGAGGAGGCAGCCAGGCAGCCCCACGGCAGGCAUGGGGGAGCCCACCCACCACUGCCUCCUGCCCCAGCACCUUGAAUCCUCAGCUCCCAGAGAGACAGGAGUUCCUGACUUGCUCUGGUUUACAAGAACCUAAUUCUCAUUCCCCCAAGACAUCCUC